AUGAAGAAAAAAUUAAGGGAAUUGCACGGGCUAAAUAGUUUUUUAGCAAAAGAUAAUUUCAAGCAUUUAGUAAAAAAGGAACAACCUGAUGCUUUAUUUAUUAUUGGUCUCAAUAAGGAAAAAACGGCUUUUAAGGAAGCCAAAAAAGUUGGAAUGCCAGUGAUCGCAGUUUGUAAUACUAAUUGUAAUCCUGCUUUAGUUGAUUAUGUUAUUCCUGGAAGAGCCACAGUAAAAAGUGAAGUCUCAGAAACUAAAAAUAAUCAACCUUCUCCAAGUGAUAAUGGGGAGAUAAAACAAUUAAAAUCUGAAUUAAGUUCUCUAAAAAGUGAAUUAAAUAGCCUACAAGAUAACCCUAAAAAAAGCCAAUUAGAAAGUCAAUUAUCUAGUUUAGAAAGUGAAGUAAAAAACCUCACUAAAGGAGAGCACGAUAAAUCAACUAUUAAGGAAUUAGAAAGAGAAAUUAAAGAGAUUAAGGAAAAAAUUAAAAAUGAUAAACGAGAGGAUGGCCCGCCACCUUAUACUCCACCUACUGACGAAGAUCAAUUACAGUUUACAGUUUAUUAUUUUGCGGAAUUGGGACAAAAUCAUAUGUGA